UAUGAAAAUAAAUUUGAAAGUCGUGUAACAGUCAAAAUUCUCCGUCAUGUUGCUAGUUCAGAAAAUUCAUAGAUUUCGUCAACUAGGACAGUUUUGCCAAUUAAAUUUUCGAACAGUCAGCAGUUACACGUUAGCGCGACGUUUCCAAAAACAGUCAAAGCGCAUUCUAAAUUCCGGUAAACCAAGUACACCAGUUGGGCACGCAGCCAUUAAUUACAGCACGCGUAUUAAUCUGCCAGAAUUAAGCGUAAUGGCCAGCAAAACUUCACAUUUCGUGCUGCCCAAUACACAGCCCAUUGCCGAUUUGGAUUGUAAAAAUGCAUUUGAAAAUUUAACCGAUAAGGAAAAGCUGUACGCUCAUUAUUUUAGCAAGGCCUCGUGGGAUGGCGGCCUCGUCGCUGUUAUUCAGUCCAGCCCGGAGGCUCCACUUAUCUUCUCGCUGCUGCAUCGCAUUUUUGUUGCCGAAAAGCCCGCGGAUCUGAAAAUCAAAGCACUGAAAGCAGGCGCCACAGAAGAUGAUUUUACAGCAUUCCUUGUCUACGCCUGUGGAGUGUUCGCCAAUGCAGGCAAUUACAAGGGCAUGGGUGAUAGCAAGAUCGUGCCCAAUUUACCGGAGGAAAAGUUUGAGGCAAUUGUGCGGUCGUCCGCUGCGUAUGCAAGUGAGCCACGUGUAACCAAGACAUUUGAAAAGGUGAAAAAUCUAAUUUAUGCGCUGGAUGCGCGCAAUGAAGUGCUCGGCUUUGCGCCAAGUGGUGUAACCACAUACUGGUCGGAUAACUGCACCAAGGAGGAUUCAGAAAUAGUCAACGAUUGGCUGACAUCGAAGCGCAUUGAGCCAUAUAUGUGUCGAACAUUCAAGGUGACAGAAAACGGAAAAACAUUCUAUGACGUUAAGCUCGGCUCAGUAGCGAACUCCAGCAAGGAAGGCAUUACCUUGGCGCUGGAGGAAUUCAAGGGCAACCAAUUCCGGGUUACGCGAGGCGAUUAUCAACCGUUGCUGCAACGCGUUAACGAAAAUUUGCGCCAAGCGAAAAAAUAUGCUGCCAACAUUAAUGAAGAGAAAAUGAUUGAGCAUUAUAUUAAGUCCUUCGAGGAGGGCUCGUUAGCCGAGCACAAAAACGGCUCCAGAUGGUGGAUCAAGGAUAAGGGACCCGUCAUUGAGACAUACAUUGGUUUCAUUGAAACCUACCGCGAUCCAGCUGGCGGCCGCGCCGAAUUCGAGGGCUUUGUGGCCAUGGUCAACAAAGAAAGCUCCGCUAAAUUUGCCGAAUUAGUUAAUCGUGCCGAGAAGCUUCUAGAAUAUUUGCCCUGGACACAGGCCUAUGAAAAGGAUUCGUAUUUGAAACCAGAUUUCACGUCCCUAGAUGUGCUGACCUUUGCUGGAAGCGGAGUGCCCGCUGGCAUCAAUAUACCUAACUAUGACGAAAUUCGUCAGGACGAGGGCUUCAAAAACGUUUCGUUGGGUAAUGUGUUGGCUAAUAUCAACCGCAAAGAUUCCAUACCAUUUCUAUCCGACGAGGACCAGGCGCUGAUGAAGGAGUACAAAGUGAAGGCCUUUGAGGUGCAGGUUGGAUUGCAUGAACUUCUGGGACAUGGCAGUGGCAAACUCUUCCGCAUUGAUGAAAAUGGUACCUACAACUUCGACGUGAAAACAGUGAAGAGCCUCGUGACUGAUAAGCCCAUUACCAGUUGGUACAAGCCUGGCGAAACAUACGAUACGAAAUUCGGAGCUAUUGGUUCAUCAUACGAGGAAUGCCGCGCUGAAGCAGUGGGCCUCUACUUAUCUCUACAGCGGGAUAUACUGGAGAUAUUUGGUUUCAAAGAUGCUGCGGAGCAGGACGACAUCAUUUACAUAAACUGGCUGAGCCUAAUUUGGAACGGCAUGGGCGUUGCCUUGGAAAUGUACAAUCCCAAGUCAAAAUUAUGGCUGCAAGCGCAUUCGCGUGCGCGUUUUGUUAUCAUGAAAGUUUUGUUGGAAGCUGGCGAAGGAUUUGUCAACAUCAAAGAGACUGAGAAUGGGAAAAACCUGCUGCUUACAUUGGACCGUACUAAAAUCCAAACGGUGGGCAAGAAGGCGCUGGGCGAAUUUUUGACUAAGUUGCAGGUUUACAAAUCCACCGCUGAUAUCGAAGCCGCUUCCAAAAUGUACGAACACUACUCAGAGGUCAACGAAAGUGGGCCUUAUCCUUGGGCAAAGUGGCGCGACAUAUGUCUGGCACACAAGAAGCCGCGCAUUAUUUUGGUGCAGGCUAAUACGGUUGUAAACGGAGGCAAAGUGGAAUUGAAGACCUAUGAGCCGACCCACGAGGGCUACAUUCAGUCGUGGGUUGAGCGUUAUCCUACCACUGACAUUGAUGAUAUACUGGAAGAUAUUGUAGAGCACGAUAAGAAGUAUUUCCCAACUGCCUAUUCUAAAUAAAACAGCUGCGAGUGGCUCGUUCAUGUUAAUUCUGAAUAUAAAUA